AUGACUGAUCGCGUGUGUCGUGCUGCAGUGGUCAUUCAGAAUACAACCUUUGGGGGUAUCCAGGGCUUCUCUCAGCCACCUUCUACUCCGUGGUACGCAGACGACGGUAGCUUUGCCGGCAUCGUGCAUCAAGAGCGGAAUUGGACCUAUCUCCUGUUUAAAGGGGCGGGACAUCUAGUUGCACAGCAGCAGCCUGCGAAUGCGUACCAAUUCCUCCGGGACUUCAUCUUGGGUAACGACCCGACUGGCAUGGUAGUCAAUGUAGGCGAUCAAACAGCCGUCAUUGGUGGGGAAGUGUCAUCGUUCGCUGCAGCGGUCUUGCCAGGGCAAUCAGGCAUCUACAUUGGAUCCGGUGCAACGCAAUCUACAUAUACUUUCCCAUCCGCAACGAUCGCGGCAUGGGAGAGCUAUAUUGUUACUGCGACCGCGACAGCUGCCCCGAGCCCCACACAUGCUGCACCUUCGGCACGGGACCCAGUUGGGUCGUGGCCGUGGCCAACAGGUUGGCCAUACCCUUGGUAA